GUGAUCAUCAUAUUCUGUGUAGUUGUUAUUGUAGUAGUGUUGUUGUUGUGUUGUUGUUGUGUUGUUGCUGCAGUGUUGCUGCUGUAGUAGCAGUGGUGUUGUAGUGUUUGUGUAGAUACAAAUUAGGUCACAACACAACACUCUCCCUCACCACACACCUCUCAAGCACCACCAUGCCCUCCACCCACUUCCUCUCCCUCCAAUUCAGACGCCAAAUAUGGUAUUCUCUCGACAAUUCCCUCGACGACUCCGCCAUCUUCGCCGCUGAGCGUCUCGUCGCCCUCUCCUCCCCCUCCGACCCUGAUCUCGACAACAUCCACCUCCUCGCCCUCGCCCACUUCCGCGCAAACAACCUUAGGAUCGCAAUGCAUCUUUGUGAAAAUAAAAAACAUAUCGGCUGUGCUUAUGUCUAUGCGCUUUGUUGUCUUAAACUUGGAAAGUAUCGGCUUGGUUGUCGCGCUCUCGAACGCAUGCGAUCUUCGUGGCCAAAGACCUGUCAUAUCUACAGCCACAAUGACGGCGAAAGACAGGCUCUCCCCGACAUGGCCGCCGUCCAAUCUCUCCUAGGCCACCUAUAUCGCAACUUUGGCGACGCAAAAGAGGCUAUGGAGUGCUACUCCACCGCCCUCAGCAUCAACCCUUUUCUCUGGGACGCCUUCGACGGUCUCUGCAAGCUAGGCGUAAACCUCAAAAUCAACAACAUCUACGGCGUAACACCCGCCAUGAUCGCCGCCCGCUCAACCUGGCUCGACAACGCUGACUCCUCCGUCGGCAUCGAAAACUCUCAAAACCAAGACCCCUUCGUCUCCUCCUCCGCCUCCUCCUCCUCCUCUGACGACAACUCCCACUCCCAUCACCAGCCAUUCCUCUUCCGCGCCGCCGAAAACGCGGUUCUCUUCUCCCAGUCGAAAAACCUCGACACUCCCACCGCCGGAUCAUUUACCUCUGCCGACCACGACGGCGAUAUCCAGAUGUCGGCUCGAUCGACCUCCGCUUCCACUCCUUCCGAUCCCUCUCGCGGCGCCCGCUCUCGCUCAUCCCGUGCGCCCCCCGACGCGCCCAGACGAACAUCCUCGUCCUCGGCCGGCGUCGAACGCCGUAGCUCUCGACUCUCCGCCCCUCAAUCUCGCCAGCCCCCGACUCUUUCUACCACCACCGCAACCGCGCAGCCUCAGCACCAGCUCUCUGGUAGCGUCCGCGGAAGACUUAGAUCAGGUCUGCUGAAAUCAAAGUCCGUCCCGGCGCCGUCCUCGGGCGCGGCGAGCGGCGACGAAGCAAACGAGGCACCUGUGAAAGUAGUUCCCGACGACGGCGAGCGCAUCGAGGCUGAGGCAACUAUGCUAUCUCUCUACGAGACCGUCGCGGUAGGUAUGCACGCGCUCUCGCGCUUCGACCUUUCUAUCCCUCCCCCCGAGCAGCAAGACUCGCCCUACAUUCUCUCCAAGAUCGGGCGCGCGUACUUUGAAAUCGUGCGCUACAAAGAAGCCGAGGCCGCGUUUGUGCGCCUGCGCGAGGUCGACCCGUUCCGGCUUGACGACAUGGAGAUCUACUCCACCUUACUCUGGCACCUGCGCAAGGACGUCGAGCUCGCGUUUCUCGCGCACGAGCUCGUAGACAUUGACCGCAACUCGCCGCAGACGUGGAUCGCGAUCGGAAACUCGUUCAGUCUCCAGAAAGAGCACGACCAGGCUCUCAAGUGCUUCCGGCGCGCGUCCCAUCUCGACCCGACGUUUGCGUAUCCGUAUACCCUCCAAGGUCACGAGCACGUCGCCAACGAGGAAUACGAAUCCGCGCAGUCGGCGUUCAGGCUCGCGAUGCGCGCCGAGUGGAGGCAUUAUAACGCGUGGUACGGCAUCGGCAUGCUUUUUCUCAAGACGGGCAAGUUUGAUUUGGCCGAGCAGCACUUUCGCCAGGCGGCACUUAUUAAUCCGGGCAAUGCGGUUUUGAUCUGUUGUAUUGGAAUGGUGCUCGAGAAGUUGAAUAGGUUGGAUGAAGCACUUGCGCAGUAUGAUGUCGCGUGCGGGCUGCAACCUACCAGCGCCAUGCCCCGCUUUAAGAAGGCAAGAUUGCUGAUGAGUAUGCGGAAAUACGAUGCCUGCCUGGCAGAGCUGCGGGUGGUCAAAAACCUAGCUCCGGACGAGUCGUCGGUGCAUUACCUCCUCGGCCGAUUAUACAAAGCGCAAGGCGACAAGCAGAGCGCGAUCAGACACUUCACGGCCGCGCUGAAUCUGGAUCCGAAGGCGAGCCAUGUGAUUAAAGAGGCUAUCGAGGGAUUAGAGAACGAUAGCGAGUAGCUGUAGCUGUAGCUAGUAGUGAAGAGUAGAGUAGAGUAGAGUAGAGUACAGACGAUGGGUAUCAGGUGUUGGCGUUUGUUUGCCGUGGCUUCUUGCAGUUGUGUUAUUGA